AUGCCCCGAAAACCCACCGCUCCAGGCGCUUCUGCCAGUGGCACAAACACAGCGCCUGCGCCGGCAAACCCCCGCAUUGAACUGCCCGCGGACCGGAUCAACAGGUACCUCCUCAACUGCGACCCCAAGGCGGCCCGCGACAACGACGUGGACGACUCCACGGUGCGCUUCAAGUACCUCCUCGGACUCACGGACUUGUUCCGCCAUUUCAUCGACAUCAACAUGUCCAAGGACGCGCGGUUCCGGCAGUUGAUCCGGCAGAUCGACGGGCAGACCAACUUCGUGGCGGCGAAGAAAAAGGCGCCGCGCGGGCGGCGCAAGACCGAGAAGGAGGAGGACGCAGAGCUCUUGGACGGCGAGCAGCACAUGGGCGACGCGGACCAGCAGCGCACGGUGCUCACGGCGUCGCCCGGCUUCAUCCAGGGCGGCGAGCUCCGCGAGUACCAGGUGCAGGGCUUGAACUGGCUCAUUUCGUUGCACGAGAACAGGCUCUCCGGGAUCUUGGCGGACGAAAUGGGCCUCGGCAAGACGCUCCAGACCAUCGCGUUCCUCGGCUACUUGCGGCACGUGCGGCACGUGGACGGCCCGUUCAUCGUGGUGGUGCCCAAGAGCACGCUCAACAACUGGAUGCGCGAGUUCCAGAAAUGGACGCCCGAGGUGGACGUGGUGGUGCUCCAGGGCGACAAGGACGCGCGGGCCGACGUGAUCCGCACGCGGCUCCUCACCGCGCGGUUCGACGUGCUUGUCACGUCGUUCGAAAUGGUCAUCCGCGAGAAGGCGCAGCUCAAGAAGUUGCGCUGGCAGUACAUCGUGGUGGACGAGGCGCACCGCAUCAAGAACGAGGCGUCGGCGCUCUCGCAGAUCAUCCGGCUCUUCUACUCCAAGAACCGGCUCUUGAUCACGGGCACGCCGUUGCAGAACAACUUGCACGAGCUCUGGGCGUUGUUGAACUUCUUGCUCCCGGACGUGUUUGGCGACGCGGACGUGUUUGACCAGUGGUUUGACGGCCAGGCGCAGGGCGGCCAGGACCAGGAGCAGGUGGUGCAGCAGCUCCACAAGGUGCUCAGCCCGUUCCUCUUGCGCCGCGUCAAGGCCGACGUCGAGACCAGCUUGCUCCCCAAGAUCGAGACCAACGUGUACAUCGGCAUGUCGGACAUGCAGCUCGCGUGGUACCGCAAGCUCUUGGCCAAGGACAUCGACGCGGUCAACGGCGCGGUGGGCCGGCGCGAGGGCAAGACGCGCUUGUUGAACAUCGUCAUGCAGUUGCGCAAGUGCUGCAACCACCCGUACCUAUUCGACGGCGCCGAGCCGGGCCCGCCGUUCACCACGGACGAGCACUUGGUGGCCAACGCGGGCAAGAUGAUCAUCCUCGACAAGAUGCUCCGCAAGUUCAAGGCCCAGGGCUCGCGCGUGUUGAUCUUCUCGCAGAUGUCGCGCUUGCUCGACAUCUUGGAGGACUACUGCUUCUUGCGCGACUACGAGUACUGCCGCAUCGACGGCUCCACGUCGCACGAGGACCGCAUUGCGGCCAUCGACGACUACAACGACCCGCACUCGUCCAAGUUCAUCUUCUUGCUCACCACGCGGGCCGGCGGCUUGGGCAUCAACUUGACCUCCGCGGACAUCGUCAUCUUGUACGACCUGGACUGGAACCCGCAGGCCGACUUGCAGGCCAUGGACCGCGCCCAUCGCAUCGGCCAGAAGAAGCAGGUGCAGGUGUUUCGCUUCGUCACCGAGAACGCCAUUGAGGAGAAGGUGCUCGACCGCGCCGCGCAGAAGUUGCGCUUGGACCAGUUGGUCAUCCAGCAGGGCCGCCAGGCCACCUCCAGCAUCGGCAACUCCAACUCCGACUUGUUGGGCAUGAUCCAGCACGGCGCCAAGGCCGUGUUCGAGGCCGCCAACACCUCGUCCAUGUUCGACGACGACAUCGACGCCAUCCUCGCCAAGGGCCGCGAAAAGACCGCCAAGCUCAACGCCAAGUUCAACAAGCUCGGCCUCGACGACUUGCAGAACUUCACCUCCGACAACUCCGUGUACGAGUGGAAUGGCCAGAACUUUGCCAAGAAGGACAAUGCGUCCUUGGGACUCACCUGGAUCCACCCCGCCAAGAGAGAGCGCAAGGAGCAGACAUAUUCUGUCGACAACUACUACAAAGACAUGUUGAAGGCGCCCAUCUCCCACGCGAAAGCCACGCCGCCGGUCAAGGUCAAGCAGCCCAAGAUCUAUCACCCGCAGGACCAUCAGUUCUUCGCCAAGGACUUGGUCGAGCUCUUGAAACGAGAGCAGCUCGCCUACAAAAAGGCUGUGGGCUAUGCCUACUCUCUUGACGACUUUGGAGACAGCGAUGAGGACUUUUUGAACUCUUCCGACGAGCGAGACGAUGUGCCCCGUGAUAUUCGGCUCAGAGAAGAACAAGAGAAGAUCGAAAGUGCCCAGCCCUUGACAGAGGACGAGCUUGAGUUGAAGGAGAAGCUCUUGCUGGAGAGCUUUGCUUCGUGGUCAAGACGUGAUUUCACCAACUUCAUCCACGCCUUGGCCAAGCACGGCAGGAACGCCUAUGACGAGGUUGCUGAGGCACUCGGGAGAGAUGUGCAAGAGGUCGAAAGAUACACCAAAAAGUUUUGGGAGCUGAACCAUGAGAUCGAAGGUCAUGAAAAGUACGUGGCUCAGAUCGAGGCCAGUGAGCGCAAGGCUGCUAAACUCCACAAUCAACAAAAGUUGUUGGCCGUCAAGAUCGAGGAGCUGGAAGACCCCCUUGAAGACCUCAAGAUCCAGUACCCUCCUAACAACUCCAAAAGAGUGUUCUCAAAACUCGAAGAUCGAUUCAUAUUAUGUUGUGUCUACAAAUAUGGAUUAUUCGCUGAUCGAUUGGGCGAAAAAAUCAAGCAGGAAAUUUUGCAGAGCGAGUUAUUUAAAUUCGAUUGGUACAUCACCUCUAGAACGCCACAGGAAAUCAGUCGACGCAUCAGUACAUUGUUGCUCUCGCUUGCUCGGGAAAGUGAGGGGCCUGGUGGUCGAAAGAGAGGGAAAGCUUUGAACAGCAGCCUUCAGACAGGCUCCAUCGAGCCAAGCACCAAAGAAAACUCGCCACUUCCUGGCGCCGGCUCCCAAAAUGAGAUGUUAGAGACAGAAGAAGGUAUUCCUGAAAGGAAAAAGUUAAAAACCGAGUAA